AAAAGAGACAAAGCAAUAUGGCAAAUAAAUCAGCAACGGCCCGACAUUAGCGGUUUCGAGAUUCGAGAGAAACCAGACGACUAGAAAAACAAAUAAACAACAACUCAAAAAGAAAGAAAAAAAGAAAAAUAAAUAAUCAAAAUAAAAAACAUUGAUAAAAGGGAAAAAGAAAAGGGCUAGGUGAAAUAUGCUGUUAGAAAAACAGAACAGAGAGAGAGAGAGCAGAAAACCUCCGUUGGUUUAGAGAGAGAGAGAGAGAGAGAGAGAGAUAGAGCAGUGAGUUUAGAGAGAGAAAGCUGCGAGUUGCGCUCACGUUUGGUCGUCGAAGGUUGUGGUAGUGGUGAAGGCCGUGUUUUGUUAUACAAUUUAUUUGAAGAUCUUGUCGCCCAGAUCGGGAACUGAAAGGAGGCGGAAAGAAAAUCCCAUUUGCAAAUGGGGAGAGAUGUUGUAGGUCUUCGUAUUGACAAGAAGUCAAACAUGGUGAAUGAUAAAUCAAAUGGCACCAUCCGUGUUGCUCCAAAAGUAGUACCAGAGAAAUCUGGAAAAAAUGAUUAUGAGAUGAAUGAUGAUAACACAAAUGCUCGACUUCCGGACGACUACGAUGAGAAACAAGAUGUGCUAGGGGUGAAAAGCACCAAUCACCAACCCGAGGAGAAGAUUAUUAAGGCCGAUGCUCAGAAGUCUCCUGACAAAAAGUCAACCUCACCAACAAAACCUGCAUCGGGUUCUGCUGUUAAUGGUAUAACUGAUGCAGACCCAUUUGAGCCCCUAACUCCUAGUGUUGAGGAUGAUAAACAAAACUCACCUGUAAACCAUGCUAAUGGGUCUGAAAGCAAUGAUUCUGGUAUAGAAGUUUUGCCCAAGUCUCGUGAUUUACAUUCUCCCGGAUCAGCAAAGAAAUCACCGCCAAUUGCACAUUUGUCUUCAAGGAAGCUGAUGCAGCCUCAUUGCAAAAAUUAUAAUGAUGAUGAAGAUAAUUGGUCCUUGGCUUCCUCUACUGCAACUUCUGUACGGAUGAGGGUCACAGUUCCAGUUGCUCCAAGAUUCAAUUGUGUAAACCGUUUAGAGAGGCGCAAAGAGUUUUACACUAAGUUAGAAGAGAAGCACAAAGCCUUGGAGAAAGAGAAACUUGACUACGAAGCUAGAACCAAGGAAGAAGAACAUGCAGCAAUAAAGCAGCUUAGGAGGAACAUGAUGUACAAAGCAAAUCCUGUUCCUAGCUUCUAUCGUGAAGGUCCUCCACCAAAAGUCGAGCUAAAAAAGUUGCCUGUCACCCGUGCCAAAUCACCAAACCUAAGCAGGAGAAAGAGCUGUGGUGAUGCUGUCAAAUCGACUCCUGAGGACAAGGGAUCCUGUGGACGAACAUCUCGUCACAGUGUAGGUGUCUACAGAGAAGGCAAAGCUUCUCCUCUUCAAAAGAAGGCGUCGCCUAUUACCCCUAAAAGUAAGGAUCAAACUAAUGUGCGGAAGUUAAGUGGGUCUAACAAAGCCAAGAUUCCUCAGAAACAAUCUAAAGAGACGAUGGAAAAUUCUCAAGCCAAAGAGCAGGGGAAUGCAGAUAUUGCAGUUCAAUCUUGAACUUGUAUUGGUAGUUAUAGUUUUUACCUUUAGCCUGGAAAACUCUCUCGAGUUUCCUUAUGAUUGAUCAAAAUGGUUGUGCAAGGCAACUUUGUUACCUGCAGUGACUUGCCAAAGGUGAUGUCUAAAUUCUGAGUUGUAUAUUUUAUGUAAUUUAUAACGUCCUAUGCUCUUACAUGCAACACAUUUUGCUUGAGAAUAUUAUCUACACAACUUGUAGUUUUGCUUUA